ACAUACAUACAUAUAUAUAUCGAAUCCCCAUCUCGAAGCUCAACAAUUCCUUAAAUCAAAUUUCCCAUUCCCAAAAUGCUUGAACCAAACGGCGCCGCCGUGGCGGGGCACCGGAGCGUGGCGCUGAUAGUCGGCGUGACCGGCAUCGCCGGCAGCGGCCUGGCCGAAACCCUCUCGAACCCCGCCACGUCGGGCGGCCCCUGGAAGGUCUACGGCGUUGCCCGGCGCCCCUUCCCGCCAUGGCUAGCCACCCUCAACGUCGACUACGUCCAGUGCGACAUCACACGCGCCGACGAGACCCUCCCCAAGCUCUCCCGCCUCCCCGACAUAACCCACGUUUUCUACGUGUCCUGGACAGGCUCCGAGGACUGCCACCUCAACACGACGAUGCUGAAAAACGUGCUGGAUUCGGUCAUCCCCAACGCCCCCAAUCUGCGCCACGUGGCGCUCCAGACGGGGAUCAAGUACUACUGGGGGAACAUGGCGGAGAUGGACAGCACCAACCAGCCCCACGACUGCCCGUUCUACGAGGACCUGCCGAGGCUGAAUCAGGACAAUUUUUACUACAAUUUGGAGGAUUUGGUCAGGGAAUCGACGGCUGCCCGGAGAGCUGCCGUGAACUGGUCGGUCCACCGGCCGGCGCUGAUCUUCGGGUUCUCGCCGUGCAGCAUGAUGAACACGGUGGGCACGCUCUGCGUCUACGCCGCCAUCUGCAAGCACGAGAAGAAGCCUCUGGUGUACACCGGGACUGAGACGUCGUGGACUUGUUUGUGGGACGCCGUCGACGCCGAUUUGCUGGCGGAGCACUUUGUCUGGGCGGCGGAGCAUCCCGGCGCCCGGAAUCAGGCCUUUAAUGUCAGCAAUGGCGAUGUGUUUAAGUGGAAGCAUCUGUGGAAAGUGCUCGCAAAUGAAUUCGGCCUCCAAGCUGUGGGGUACGAAGGGAAGGAGCCGGUUUUGUUGGAGGAACUUAUGAAAGGGAAAGAGGGCGUGUGGGAUGAAAUCGUAAAGAAGAACGGUUUGGUGGCGACGAAGCUGGACGAGAUCGCGGCGUUUUGGCUGGUGGAUGUGGUGUUUAGGAACAAGGAGACGCUGUGCAGCAUGAACAAGAACAAGGAAUUCGGGUUCUUGGGGUUUAGAGAUACUACUAAGUCCUUUGUUAAAACUAUCGACAAGAUGAGGGCUUAUAGGUUUAUUCCUUGAUUAAAAGGGUUGUUUCGAUUGGAUUUAUGAGAAAUGUGUUCAUUAUCGAAUGGGGUAAUGUGGCUAGUAGUCACAAUAAUAAAGUCAUGUUUGUUGUUU